GGCGGACGAAGCGAGAUGGCGGCGGCCGUGGCCGGGUGGGAGCCGGGCGGCGAGUGGGAGUCACUUCUCUUCACUGAAAUUGGUGAUCUGAUAGAAGAUGAAUUGCAGCUAAAUGCAGAGAAUGAAACUUCUGAAAACAAUCUUUGUGACUUUGACUUUGACUUGGAUCUGAUACCUUGGGACUUGGACUCCUGUGAUGUUUCAAAGCAGAUUCCUGCAGAUGUAGACUGUGAAGUGGAGCCCCCCUCGCCAGCCACUUCAGCCGAUUCAGUUCCUUCUCCUCUAUCUGUGGAUUCUCCAGUACAUGUACCUGAAGGUGUAGAGCUGGGCUCCAGUUCCCACCCAUCGCCUGUGUCUUUGUAUGACAGGGACUCUCAAAGUCGUUCCUCACCUGUAGGACGAAAGGAGAAGAAGCCUCCACCUAGAACAACAAAUCGCUCAGCAAAUGGAUCUUCCGUGACCUCCAGCCGAUGUAGUCCGCUAGCCUCCAAACCUUUGGUUCAACCUAAACGUUUGUUGCCUGCCUUUCGGGAGCCUCAGACCAGCCUCAGUGUUCAUGCAAAAGCUAUUGUCAUUCCAGCUCUUCAAACACUCUUGGCACUGCCAAAGCAGCAGCCAGUUGUUGCUAUCCAGCCAGCACCUGCAAAAGGUCAGCCGGUAAUGCUUUCUCAGCCGGCCGUGGUGCAUUUUCAGGCACCCGGAAUCCUUCCUGCCACCAAUCCAGCCAUUGCUGUCACUGGUGGAGUCACACCACUACCAGGCCAUGCUGUCAGUGUAUUGCCACAAACUGUAGGAAAGAGUUUGACCACCGGAAAACUUACAGAGGCUAAGCCUGUUCUUCAUGCUGCUUCCCCAAAUACUAGCAUGGAUGUGAAUGUUCUGAGACGGCAGCAACGUAUGAUAAAGAACCGUGAAUCGGCUUGUCAAUCACGCAGGAAGAAAAAGGAAUAUAUGCUGGGUUUGGAGGCGAGGUUGAAGUCAGCCUUGUUGGAGAAUGAUCACCUUAAGAGAGAGAACAGCACUCUGAAGAGGCAGCUGGAUGAACUGGCAGUGGAAAACCAGAAUCUCAAAGGCUCCCCUCCAAAGAGAAGAGCACUCUGUGUGAUGGUGCUCCUAGCCUUCGUAAUGCUGAAUUAUGACAGGCUAAGUGUGCUGGAAUGGGGCCCCAGCUCUACUGAACUUGGUAGUUCUGCCCACCAGAGCAGGCACCUUCUUGAAUUCUCUGCAAGUGUACCUCAGGAAACAGAUGGCAGGAAUAAUGAUGGGUAUAAGCAUUCAGUUUCGACUAAUAAAGCGUUGAUGGUAGUUACGGAGGAACCAAUAAUAUACAUUUCUCCCCCUCCUUGCCAGCCAGUGAUCAAUCGCACAGAGUCACUCAGGUUGAGGCAUGAGCUGCGAGGCUGGGUUCAUAGACAUGAAGAAGAAAGGACAAAAUCAAGGAUGUUAAAUAGUCAGCAGCUAAAAGCUCAGCCCAUCCAGAAUGCUUCAGGAGAAAAGGUGAAUUCUGAGCUGAUGGCUCUUCCGUACACAGACAACAGUGUUGGCGGGAACUCAGGGAAUGAGCUACAAGUUUAUUAUGCUUCUCCACAAAACUACCAAGAUUUGUUUGAAGCAAUUCACAGAAGGGGAGAUACAUUCUAUGUGGUAUCAUUCCGUAGGGAUCACCUGUUGUUGCCUGCUACCACCCAUAAUAAGACCAGACGACCAAAGAUGUCAAUAGUAUUGCCAGCAAUAAACAUCAGUGAGAAAAUAAUCAAUGGCCAAGACUACGAAGUUAUGAUGCAGAUAGACUGUGAAGUGAUGGACACCAGGAUCUUGCACAUCAAAAGCUCCUCCAUCCCUCCUUACCUUCGAGACCAUCAGAGGAACCAUACAACAUCCUUCUACAGCUCUCCUCCAACAGUCCCAGAGGCAGCUCCUGCUGUGAGAGCAAUCACAGAAUCACCACACUAGGCUCCCAAAGUCAGUCUGAAUACCCUGGAAUGACCAGUUGUCCUGGUUGCUUCUUAAUGGGUUUGCCAUGGCAGCUUUAUGGGCAGUGUCCUGCCUCAGUCAAGAGCCCACCACAGUCAACAUGAGGCUAUCAAAUAAGACUCUAAGACUACUAACCCAAUCCGUCCCCACUGCUUUGUACCAUUGCCACUGUUCCAGGAACAUGCAGGAUGCUUUUAAAUCAUUACUUGGUUGUAUAAAAAUAGGCGAGGUGGG